CGGACUUUUUUUGUGAGAGAAAUAAAAAAGUGCGAAGUGAAUAAUUUUUGCGGGCAAUAAAUUAAUCAAUCUAAAUUACUAGAUUUAUAGUAACGAAAGUGAGCCACGCUACUCCGCGUCUCUCCGCCCUCUGCGUCUUCCUCGCCUGACUGCAUACCGAAUUUGAGGCGUAAAUUGCAUUUCAAUUGCAGUUAACAGCAGUGGCCCGCACCAGACAACCAACGCGUGAGAUCAGCCAGCGCCGAGAUAAAAUGCAGAACCAGCCCAGCCCACAGUUGCCAUGCAAGGGCAUUUUAAAGACUUCUCGCAGCUUCGACAAGUCAGGCGCCAGUUUUCGAAAAAGUGCCAAGUUCGAUGAGCUGAACGUGCUGCAGACGUUCCAUCCGGCGGACAAGGACUACGGGCAUAUGAAAAUUGAUGAGCCAAAAACCCCAUACUACGAAGAAACCAGGGACGAGCUGGACACAGAACUACUGGUGGAGAAACUGCGCAUAGCGGCCAGCUCACAACAGACUUCCGAGAGCAUUGAGGACGAGGGUUCUUCCGGCGACGACCUCCCAAUGAGCGAGGAGGAGAGACAACGGCGCCGUGAGUUCGAGCGGCGUCGCAAGGCCCAUUAUCGGGAAUUCGAGGCAGUUAAGCUGGCCCGAAAGCUGAUACAGGAGGAAGACGACGAUGACGAUGAGGAUAAGAAUGCCGUCGACACCUCCGACAGCAGACCGUCGGGUUCCCAGCAAGGCUCUUCCACCUCCAGCCGAUAUGCAAGCAGUUCGGCGAAAAAGGCCAGCUCAAAUGCAACAAAAUCCCCGUCUACCAGCAGCAACAUGGACCUGGAGCCAUCAAACAACUAGAAGCAAUAUCAAUUAAUCAAUCAUCAAUCACUAAUGUUUACCUAGCCAACGGCCCAGGCCGAAGUUGACGUUCAAUAUUGAUGGCGGCAGCUCAUCACAAAAAAAAGAACAAGAAAACAUUUAAAUGAAAAAAAAAGAAACGAAAUUAUAUCAAGUGCUCUGGCCCCUGAGUGAGAAGUGGACCGGAAUGAGGAUGGGAACGUGAGCGAGAUCGACAAGGAGAAGGAGAAGGAGAAGGGGAGCACUCGUGAUUAAUUGAAUUUGCUUAUUGCAUUGCAAACCAACAGCAAAACCGUCGCGAAAUGUUUGUCAUCAAGUAAAUCACUCACACACACUCACAUACAGUCAGACACCACAAAUCAAUGGAAUUUUUGCCACGUGAUCAAUGAUUAUAGAACAAGAGCAAAUAUAAUGAUCGCAUGCCCAUCAGGCCCAUCGCGCUGCUGCUGCUACUGCAGCAAUUCAAAUUGUGGUCAACAUGUUUUCAAUUAGUAGUUCCAUUUGCAUUUAGUUUUCCAUAAGAGUACAGACGGGGAUGAGGAUAAAAGUGCCACAAGUAAGCCAACGCUCGCCCGAAUCGGAUCGGAUCGGAUCGCAUGAGAGUGGAUGCGAUGCGUGAAUACCAUUUAGAGUACCAGUUGUUGUAACUAACGUUGACAUUGAUUCGGCCUUACGUUUAGUAACUUAUUAAUACAAUACUAUUAUGAUUACAAUUAAGUUUUAGCCAUCAAAUGCGAAAGUUUCAAUAAAACAGAACCCAACCCAAUCGAAAAGGACGAUCCAUCUUUCUUCUCGUCGCGAGUAUUCAGAAACUUUCCGUUUAUUUUAGUGUAGUUUUCAUUUCUCAUAUUAGUUAUACAUCAUCGUAGUGUAUGAUUGAUUCGGUUUGACAUUGCUGGUCUUAGUAAUUGGUAAAGUCUGAGAGUUGUGGCUGCCACCAGCCCCGCGGUCCGGACCGACCCCCCUGCACCGCGCCAAGGCCACGCACAGAGCUCGGGCCGUGCACAUACAGCAGGCAAUGGCAUCCUCAUACUGUUUACCGCCGAUGGAUUGGUCUCGGGCCCCCUGCUCUAUGCUGCAUCCGGUGGUGAUGUUUUGGAGGGGGGCACUCUGCCAAUCCAGUGCAUGGGGCAAGCUGUAUUGCCGGCCUUUGUGGGGUGGGAAGAUCGGUCAUUCUGGGAUCUGAAUGGGGGGUCUGGGGCACUUUUUCGGUUGAUUUCGUUGUUUUUUUCAUUGAUGACUGAUGAUGACUCACAGAACUGAUUGGCGUUGUAGCUUCAUCUUGUAGUAUAACUUUCUAUGCGGGGGUUAUUUGACGGUUUUUUUUUCAUGUGCUGGUCGACCAUUUGGUCAUAAAAUAUAUCGUAUAUAUAUAUAGUAUAGAUAUAA